AUGAUCAUUGCUAUAGGCUGUUACAAUGACCACAAGCAUAGGUGGCUUUCAAAGUGGACUGCCCUUGGUUCAAAGAGCACAGGCACAUUGACAGCUAUUAACCAGGGCAGCCAGGGACUGGACCACCCCAUUCAGAGGCAGGUGUACAACUUGGUUUUUAUUGGGGGCAUAUGGCUGGAGACUCAAGAGUACAUUAUACUGACCCAGACUGGCAGCUCUCAUGUUUCUGGCUUACAUCAUUGUGCAGCACAGUUGGGGAUCCUGGGCAAAAUAUUAUCCGACUCCUUUCAUUUCAUCUGGCAUUGUCCAGUGGCUCCUCAUAGCCAGAGGAAGUGUCCACUAGUGCCAUCAUGUUGCUACCAUCUGUAUUCUGUCAGAAAUUGUGUCUUUAAUAUGGAAUGGAUGGCUCAUCUAUGGUUGCCAGCUUCUGUGACAGGCUCUCGGGGUUCACCAGUCCUUUGCCAGUGCUUGGCAUUUUAUGUAGGCCUCAAUCCACACCAACCAUGCAAUGGAUCCUGA